CCCCGGUACCGGCGAUCCCGCGCGGCUCCGCCCCGCCCCGCCGUGCCCGGCACCCGCUGCUGCCCGACCAGCGCCGCCGCCGCCGAGCACCAGGUCCGGAGCCAUGGGCAGGGACGUUCAGCACCCGACGGCGCGGGCAGCUCGGCACUGAGCGGCGCGACAGCAGCGCGAACAUGGGGGGCCGGCAGCGCGGGGGCUCGGCCACGGGCGGUGCUGCCGGGGGUCGGGGCCCGUAGGGCCGGGCUGGGGGCACGAUGCCCGCCUCCCGCGCAGCAUCCCCCCGGCUCUCGGGCGCGGGAUGAGGCUGCCCCCGGCCCCGGCUGCAGCCGCCGGACCCGGGGCCCAGAGCCAUGGUCAGCCGGGAGCCCGUGCCCAGCCCGGCGCCCGCGGGCGAGGGCAGCCAGGACAAAGCCAUGACCGUGCGCUCGGUGCUGCUCAACCGCGACUCGCCCGACAUCGAGAGCCGCCUCAAGCGCCGCCGCAACCGCACGCAGCAGGUUCGCUUCAAGGACCUGGUGGAGGGCGGCGUGGAGCCCUCGGCAGCACCCAGCCCCGACACCCCUCGUGCCUCGCCGCCCCCCAGGGACGCCCCUGAGCCGGCGGCCGCCCCUCUCCGUGCCUCGCCGAGCCGGGCCCAUGCCCAGCCGGGCUCGCUGACGCUGCCCAUGCCGCGCAGGGCGUGCAUGAGCACGGCCAUCCAGACCUCCCCCAGCCUCCACAAGCCCUUGACGGCCUCUCAGCCCCGUAGCAAGAGCAUCUGCGACGUGCCCGGGGCCGCGGUGCUUCCGGCUGGCCCCCGGUGCCCAGGGGUUUCCGUGCCCACCCCUCAGGAGCCCCGCAGCCUUCCCUAUUCCGGUGCCCCUGUCCCGGGCACGGCCGGGUGUUCCGCUGCCCGCUGUGUCCCUGAGGCCUGCCCACUGCCCACUGCCUGUGUCCGGCCCCGCAGGAGCCCCGGGGGGAGCCGUGGGACCACCCCGCGCCCUGCAUCCGUGCCCUGCGGCCAGCCCCGGCCCGCCGAGCUGCGGGCACUUGGCCGGAGCGACUCAGAGUGGAGCCUGCCCCGGGGGCACCUCCAGACCCUCGGGCAACCCCAGCCCCACGGACACCCCCAGCCCCUGCCCCAUGGGCAACCCCAGUCUUUCAGACACACCCAGCCCCUGCCCAUCCAGCACCCUCAGCCCUUGCCCCACGGGCAAUCCCAGCCCCUGCCCCUCGGACACCCCCAGCACCUGCCCCAUGGGCAGCCCCAGUCCCUCGGACACCCCCAGCCCCUUGAGAACCCUCAGCCCCUGCCCCACGGGCAGCCCCAGCCCCUCGGGCAUCCCCGGCCCCUGCCCCAGGGGCACUCCCAGCCCCAGCCGUACCACCCGUCGACCAUUGCUGCCACGGGCAUCCCCGGCCUCCACCAGCCAGCUCAGAGCACUCCUCCGACCCCCCAGCACCAGCUCUGCGGCUCGCCCUGGGGGGGGCCCUGCUGCUCCUCUGCAGACCCCCUGUCACCAGCGCAGGGCUGGCCCCGCUCUGCCUCCGCGGCACUGCCCCGGCCGGAGCCCCGCGGCAUCCGCAACGAGCCUGGGCCCGGCUCCGCAGCACCGCAGGGACACGGGGCGCCGCUUGGGACGCAGCCGCCCGGGCGGGCACCGGAGCUGCCCCGGGCCUGCCUCACCCCGCAGCAGUCAGAGACGCUGCGCCACGUCCAGGACCUUCUGCAGCUCGUGGUGGUGACCAAGGGGCCCCCCGCGGGGGACGAGGAGGCGCGGACAGCUCAGGGAGCGGGGCCCGGGGAGCGCGGGGACCUGCAGUCCCAGCUGCAGUCCCUGGAAGGGGUGCUGGAGACCAGCCAACAGACCAUCCGUGUGCUGCUGGACGUCAUCCAGGACCUGGAGAAGAAGGAGGCGCAGCGGGACGGGCGACACUCGUACCGGACAGGGCAAGACAUCGCCAACUGCGGCACCUGCCGGGACUGCGCCUGCAUCAUCUACAGCGUGGAGCACGAUUUCCGGCAGCAGGAGGGCCGCUUCCAGCGCGUGCUGAGCCAUAUGGAUGGGGACGUGGCCCCCGGCUCCCCGGAGGCUGUGGUGGGCACCGCGGUGCCACCGCGCCAGGAGCCAUCACCGGGGCUGAGGCCGCCCAUGAAGAUGGACCCCAAGAAACACCGGCGGAAAUGCUUCUGGUUCUUGUGAGCGGGCACGGCCCAGCCCUGAGGCCUGCCCUGUCCCCCCCUGCUCCAGCAGGGUUUGGUAGCACCAGCUUUUCUAUUUCUAACCCUUGGUUCAGAGCAAUGAAGCCCCUGUGGAACCAACCAGGUCUGUAAACUGGGUGUG